UCUGGGUGUUUAUGCACAAGCUGAUUGUGAUGUCACGGAUGCCAACAGCAAAGAGUGUUGGGCAUCAGCAUUCUUACCCUGCCUUCAGUCUGCCAACUGGCCUGGUUGACAACGGCUGGUGACCCAAGGAGCUGCUGAGAGACGCGGACGAUCCCUCUCUCAACAACUUCCAGAAUCAGCUAUUUCCACAGGUGUUCGAGGAAAAAAAGGAUGAGUUUUUACAGAAGGCUUUGUUCCUUUUUCCAAAGACUCGCCUCUAGGGAGGACAGAAAGAUCCACGUGCACAAAGUGCUCGUCAAACCUGCAGCAAUUGAGGCCUGCUCUGGCCUCAGCCCCCAAGAACAGGCCUUGCCUGAGAAGCCUCAGAGAAGAAAAUGCUCAUGGACCAUCCUGUCAGGCAUGAAAAGACUCUGUGUCUGUUGCCAAUCCCACAACUCGAUGGCAGAGAGCAAUGAGGAGAGAACAGCUUCCUCUCCAAGAAGGUGGACGCACCUUUCCCUGAAGAAGAAAGCAGCUGAGACCCAGGUGGAGGCAAAGGAGGAGAAGCUGCAGGAGACUACAGACGAAGUCGAAGUGGAUCUUACAGGGACGAAGAAGGAGCCGUCUGAGUCGAAGGGGAAGUGGGAAAAAAGAAGCCCAGAAGAACAGGAAGAAGAGCGCACUCCCAGCUCCUCAUUAACAAGCAGCUCCCAUAUGAUGAUGACCCGUGGGGAGCAGCCUUCCUCAGCCCCACUCCACGCCCUGCUGCUGACAGCCGUGAAGGGUCUAACAACACCCACCCUGGAGAGAUUUGGAGCUGCAGAGGAAGAGCUGAGGGCCAUCGUAUCUCUCCACGGAGACAAGAUGGAGAGAGCAAUGAAGACCAUUUACGAGGUCCUUUUCCUACGGGGAUACCGAGAAGCCAUCUUGGAAAUGUAUCCCCAGAUGCUCAUCCUCUUCGUCAGGCAAGUGCAGUACGUGAUGGAUCUGCACUUGCCAGGGACCUACAUGGCCAGGCAGACAUCCAGCCCCGAGGAGGGAUCCAGCUGCCUCAGCCCCCUAAGCACCUCAGUGGAGGCUGUGAAGACUCUUUUCUCCAUGCCCGGCUACUGGAAGGAAUUUGCCAGCAUCCAGUUUCAGCGGGGUUGGGACAUGAUAGCCUCCCGAUAUCACUACUCGCAGGGUGUUGGCCUGAUUGCAAGAGCCAUGAUCGAGUUUGAGAACCCUCAGCUCCCUGCAGUUUUCAGAGAGGCAAUCACCAUCGUCCAGAGUCAGAAGGAGGAAGAGCAGAGAAAUAUCGCCAUGGCUUUCUGCACUGAGUUUCUCCGGAGUCCUUCCAUUGAAACCAUCCUGACAAAAGCAGACCUCCAGGCACAGCUCAUGGAAUGGACCGAAGACACAAAUCCCAUCAUACGGCGGCUCAGUCUGCGAGGCCUUGGCAGUAUUGUCUUCCAGCCAGAAAAGGUGCAAUUCUUACGGGCCCAGCUGCCAGCAAUCGUGGCCAUGUUUUGUGACAGGGAUGGAGGGCAUGUCAUGGAGGCCAUGCAUAAAGCUGCAGACAUCAUCUACCUCCUCAACAGGGAGGGGCUUGGCUCCAUCUCCCAGGACAUUGCCGUCAGCCUUCGCCCCUUCAUUGAUGACGAGAAGGGCAGUGUGCGCUCAGCUGCCAUUUUACUGCUUGGCAACGUGGUGAGCAGGGUGCAGGACCUUGACAAACCCAUUGUGCAGCAGGAAAUCAUCAACUGCUUGCUCCCGCUGCUGCUGCAUCUUGAAGACCAGGAUGAGAGUGUGGCACUGCCAUGUAAACUGACGCUCUUCCGCUGCGCAGAGUUCCUCGGGUGGGCUCAUUUGAAGAUGCUGUUCCGCAGCAUGGCCUGGGAUGGAUCCUCACAGCUCUUGAAGUGUGUCUGGAAUUGCUUGAUGCAGAACAACGAGAGCCACAUCCCCAAAUUCCUCUUCCAGGCCUUACAGUACCUGGAAAGCUCACAGACAACAAUAAGACAUUCAGCAGCCCAAUUCAUUGGAAAUACUAUCCACCAUUACUGCCAUUUGUUGUCUGAAACAGUGAAUGAACAUGGCAUCUCCCGCCUGUAUGAAGCUUUUCACGAAGUGCCUUUUAAAUCGGACAGGACCACAUGGUACAUCCUUAACAGACAUUAUAAAUGGCUACAGAAGCUUGCAAAUCUCGUGUUGGGAUCUGCAUUCGACUAGGGAACCGGGACUGACACAGAAGAGCACUUUGUCCUGCUAUGACAUCUAGAGGCCAACAGGAGCCAACUGAGCCCACCACUGAUCCCAUCUCUUCUGAGACGGCAAAGCAGCUGUUGCAUGGGAAGGAGGAGACAGAAGAGGCAGAGCAGCAUGUGCCGGGCUGUACCAGCCACACAUAACCCCAUAGUCUAGGUGGAGAAAGCCAAGCCCCUCCCCAGCCCUGCUGGACAUGCUCCAACUGGAGAACCAGUGUGAAAGGGAGCAGCUCAGCUCACGCUAGGCAGACCGCUGAAAAUGGAGGAUGCAUACUGUAGGCUCCAGUCCAGAAGCAGCUGAAGCCCCUGACUGCAGAGCCCUGAGGCGCCGAGACCCAGCCGCGUCCUUGGGUGCCUGCAGACAUGCAAGGGAGAUCGGAGUCUCUGCGAGUUUCCCACGCCGGGAACCCAGAGACCCCCAGCCCAUGGCCUAGAGACAUCUCCUAGGAUGUAACCUGGGUGAACUAGCCAUUGUCAUGCCCAGUGUUGCAUCCCCACUGACUCAAUGGCAAACACAUUGGCCACGGACGAGGCCCUGGGUUAGGACCCGAUGGAGUAACGAGGGACUGGGUCCCCCUGCCCUGGCCGCCAUCCAUCCUUGGGUGGCUGCCCAUGUCCCCAUUGCGCCACUAGACUGCACAGCCCCAAGAGGAGGGGCAACCAUCUUGUCUCUGAACUCUCAGCCAAGCAGCCCUGCACUGAAGGGCAGCUAUAUUGACUCUGGCCAUUGGGCCACACAGCACUGAGGGAGAGAGUAGCCAUAUUGUCUGUUGCCAUCGGGCCACACAGGUGUGAGAGACAGCACAGCCCUGUGGACUCUGAGCGUUGGGCCACACAGCCCCGAAGGACAGGGUGGCUGUACUGACUCUCGGCGUUGGGACACACAGCACUGCGUAGGAGGGCAGCCAUUUUGACACUGGCCAUUAGGGGAAACCACCUUGAGGCUAAGGGCAAUUAUUGAUUUCAACCAUGGGCCCUCGCC